AUGGAUCGAGGGAAAGCCUCUCCAAUUUUGGCACCUCGACAUGAUUCUUCCAGCCGUGUUGGCAAGCCAGAGUCUGCUGCCGAGAAGCUCGCAUCUCUAAAAGCUAGAGUCGCAGCUGCAGUCGGUGGUAGCAAGGCAAAGGGUGGGUUAAAUGUCGGUUUACAUCCUAUGCUUGCGAAAGGAGGUUUGAAUGUCGAUCUCCACCCAGCACUGCAAGACCUUGGACAAUACAAGCCCUCAAAAUCAACUGCGCCCAAGUUCGCAACCAGCAUCGGAAAUGCUCGCCCUCAACAAGAAAAGGCGACGGCGAAGCCUAGGAAACAACUCGAUAUUUCGGGGCCUUCGACGGAAGAGAUUCGCAACAAUCCAUACUUUGAUAUGAGCCUAGGUGGGCAAACAGCAACGCCAAAGAAUCGACACUCGAGACAACUAGUUUUCAACCAGAAGGGGAAGUAUAUAGCACAAGCGAAUGCGCUUCGAAGACAGGCUGCCCUAGAGGCUAUGAAAAAGCGUAUCGCCGAGUCUUCGCGAAAGAUUGGUAUUGACGAGGAUAUCGAUACCGAGAAGAAAUUCCUUGUUGAAGCACCGCCAGAGAUCGAAUGGUGGGAUGAAGGCCUGGUAGAUGGCAAGAAUUAUGACGAUAUUUCGAAUCCAAAGACUCUCAAAAUCGGCACCCCAGACUCAAUUAUUACAGAAUAUGUUCAGCAUCCCGUUUUACUUGAACCGCCUCAGGAAAAGAAUGCGCCUGCGCCUAAACCUAUGUUCCUGACCGCGAAAGAACAAGCCAAACUACGGAGACAGCGUCGAAUGGCUGAAUUGAAGGAACAGCAAGCAAAGAUUAGACUUGGAUUAGAGCCCGCGCCGCCUCCAAAGGUCAAGAAGGGAAAUCUUAUGCGUGUAUUAGGAGAAGAAGCUGUCAAGGAUCCAACCGCAGUCGAAGCUCGUGUCAACCGAGAAAUUGCAGAUCGACACCAGAAACAUGUCGAGACGAACCAAGAUCGAAAGUUGACAAAAGAACAGAGACACGAGAAACUGGCUGCAAAUCAGGAGAAGGAUGCCGCAAAGGGCAUUCAUGCUUUAGUAUUUAAGAUUGGGAGCCUUGCGAAUGGUAGUCACAGAUUCAAAAUCGCCAAAAACGCAGAACAGCAUGCUCUCACAGGCAUCUGUAUUCUACAUCCAAGAUUCAAUCUGGUAGUUGUCGAGGGUGGCGAGCAUAGUAUCAGGCAAUAUAAAAAACUAAUGAUGCAACGAAUAGACUGGACUGAAAACUCACCCACACGAAUCAAGGAGGGUACAAAAGCAGAUGCAUUGCAAGAUUGGUUGAAGGCAGAAGAUGAGAAAGGAGAGUUGAAGGAUAUGACGCUGAACAAAUGCCAAUUAGUCUGGGAAGGAGAGCAGAAGUCUAGAGCAUUCAGGAAGUGGCAAAGUAAGGUGUGCGAGACAGAUAGUGCAGCUCGAGAUGCCUUGACAAGGUCAAAAAUGGACAGCUUUUGGACUGUGGCGAAGAGCAUGAAUUAG